AUGGCCGCGGAGCUCGCCUUCAAUUCCUCGCAAUUCCUCGCGCUGGCGCCCCAUAGCGACGGCGUUUCUUCGUCAUCGUCAUCGUCCUCGUCACCGCCUCCGCCACCGUCGCGACGCGACGAGCAGCGGGUGGCGGUCUGCCUGGUGGGUGGCGCCCGGCGGUUCGAGCUGACGGGCCCGUCCAUCGCGCUCCACGUCCUGGCGCCGCUCCUCGCCGCGGGCGCCACCGACGUGUUCCUGCACAGCCCGCUCGAUGCCGACGCCUACGGGCUCUCCGUCCUGGUCCGCGCCGCGUCGCCCGGGGUCACGCUGGCCGCCGUGCGCGUGUUCCGGCCGGACCACAUCGCCGUGACGCCGGCGCGGGCGCGCGCGCUCACCGCGCAGCACUCGCCUAAGGGCAUCCAGACCGAAAGGUCUGCUGCAGUACUUCCAUCUGGUGGAGGGAUGCCUGGACUUAUCCGGGAGCGCGAGUCCCGAGGCAACUUCACCUACGCCUGGGUGCUCCGGACGCGCGUCGACGGCUUCUGGUCGGCGCCGCUUGACCCCGAGGACGCCUUUCACCCCACCGCCUACGUCGUGCCCGAGGGCUCCCGGUUCGGCGGCCUCAACGACCGCCUGGGCGCCGGCGGCCGCGUGGCCUCGGAGGCCGCGCUGGCACGCCUGUCGGCGCUGCCGCGCCUCGCCGAGGCCGGGUACCGGGACCUCAACUCCGAGUCGGCCUUCCGCGCGCAGCUCCGCGCGGCGGGCGUGCCGGCGCGGGAGCACCGGUUCCCGUUUGCGUGCUGA